AUCAGAACCUAAACCGUCCUAAACGUGCCACAUAGCUCUAAAACCGCUUAGGGGUGAUUUAAACGGUAUUAAGUAUUUUGGGGUCUAAAUAACCGGUUUUCGAGUCUGUGGGGUUAUGCGUCGGGGAAGUGACAUUUGGGGUGAAAUACUUUCUUUUUUUAAUUAUUUGGCUGAGGAAACGUAGUCCCUUGCGUUGGGCCUGUGUUGGGCUGGGCCCGCAACUGGGGCGAGAUCCUAAACAGCCAUUCCUCGCUCCUCGUCUCGCGGAGCACCACCGCGAUACCUUGCGGAGCCCCGACGGCCAUGAGGUAAGCACCAACCUCCUGCUCCUCCGUCCAUCCGCCGCCGUCUCCGUGGACCACCGUCCACCCGCCGCGAUGAACCACUUCAGGUCGGCCCUUCUCUCUGGCCACCGCUCGCAGCGUCUCGCCGCGGCCGUGGCGCCGCAGCAGCUAGCGGCCACCGCAUCGUUCCACUCGACGCCUCCCCUGCAGCGGAAGCGGAAGACCCAGUGGCACCACCGGUUCAAUUAUUAUGCGAAACGCAGGAGAAAUAGAGAUACAAACAGGACAAUGAUUCGGAAUAUCUCCGAGUAUGCCGAGUACCUCUUCGAUAGUUGGCGGGAUGAAGAUGACAAAAAAGAUGCAUCUAGCGGACCUUCAUGGUUUAGAGGACACCGUUGGGUCAGGGAUUCUAAGACUAAUGGUUUCCAUCCACAUGGGUUUUAUUGCCACAAUGUCAAAAGCAGUGGUGGAUUCGAGUUUUGCACAAGUGAUGAUGACGAUGAACCAGAGACUGUCUUCCGUAAUGCUUUUCGUGGGAACCAUCACACAUAUUAUUGGUCUUUUGAGUCUGACAAUUUUCAAAGAAAGAAUUCCAAACGUUCUCAUUCUGAAAGCUCUAGACACUGGAGUUAUGAAACAGACGAUGAGGACGACUUAUCCACUCAGACAGAGUUAUCUGUGGCACGGCAGGCCCUUGGAUUGAGUACUUCUGGCCUACUAAAACUUGAAGAUGUUAAAAGCGCAUAUCGGGCGUGUGCACUUAGAUGGCAUCCAGAUCGUCAUCAUGGCUCGUCAAAGGCUACCGCAGAGGAGAGAUUUAAACGUUGCAGUGCAGCAUACCAGACCCUAUGUGAUAGUUUGGCUACUGCAUAAAUAAUGUUAUAAGAAGACCUGAGUUACAUUAGUCUCUUCCACCAGCAGAUCAACUUCAUAACUGCAAAUUCUGCAGCCAUAUAACCUUGCAGGCCGAAUUCAUAUUUGCAGUUUCUGCUGGGCUCAAGCUAAAAUGCCAGAAAUCGCUUGGCUCUCAAAGGAAAUUGACUCAAACCAAAAUUGAUCAAAUAAUGUAAAAGUACUGUACCAUGUAACUUUUUUUUUAGAACAGUCAUUGUUGUACUUUCAGAGAUAGGAAGACACUAUACUACUCAGGAUUUUUUUCCUGGCCGGGUUACUAACCCCAAUUUAGUCGGUUUAAUUGGGUGAUUGGAUGUUUCAUGUGGUUAUGUAGACAAUUGAGUGCA